AUGGCAACAGUGGGCAGUAAAAGCGGUACCAACGACGGAAAUGAACCUCAGUACUGCCUUUGCAAUAGAGGGAGCAGUGGUAUCAUGAUCCGAUGCGACAAUGUCGACAGUUGUAAACUUAAAUGGUUCCAUCUGGAAUGCGUGGGUCUUUCUGCUGCUCCUUCAUCAAAAGAUAAGUGGUAUUGUCCCGAUUGUCGUGGCCAUCUUCAUACCGAGGAGGAAGAAAGUAUACCACCGCGGCUGCUUCAGGUAUCAGCAGGAGAAUUGAUGCGCAUUCGCAGUCAAAAACCCAGGUUGGCCGAUGUCCCAGACGAUAGGCUCAGGGAGAUGAUUGUCAGUGUGAAAAAGAGUAAAUGGAAAACGCAGCAGCAACACCGAGUCCAGGAAAACCAACAGCAUGCUGGUUCUAAUCACAUUAACAUGGCCCUGCCGGAUGAGCCAGCCUGGAACCCAGCAAAGAUUUUUGAGUAG